CUACGGUUAAACCCUGUCAAAAAAUAAACCUACAUUCGUCAACAACAUUGUUCUUAUCCACCUAAUAGCCGGCAUAAUCAAAAAUAAUUAAUAAAAUGUCAUAAUCAACAAUCGGAAGCAAUAAAAAAAUCUAAUUCAACGAAUGAAGUCCGUCCGAGCAAGGCCAUGGCCGCGCGCGAGGAAGUUGUGACUAGUCCGUCUCUAUACGCCGUCAUUGACGCUUCGCUGCCUAAUCUGUGCGCGUUCGAAAUUCAAAUCGGAAAAUACGACGCGUUAUUUUUUAAUCUUUUUUUUUCUAGUGAUGUGCCAGGUUUGUCGGUUUUAUCAUGACAAUUGCAACGUGUUCUGGAAAGUGUCUGCGACAAAAAUAGACGCCCACAAAUUGUUAUAAUUAAACUGUAUGUAAAUAGAGUGGAGGACAGACGUGUCGUCUGAUUCAGUGGUGUAAAUAAACGUUUAAAAAAUAUUUUAAAGUAAAAUAAUGGUUUUUGAGAAUAUAACUAAAUAAAGUGCCUUAGUGUAAUGCAUAUUGGAAUUACAAGUAUUACAGUGAUGUGUGGAAGACUUAUGAGGAUUUUUAUAGUUUUAUUUAUGCGUUAGUGAAGUGUAGAUACCCUAGAUGCUACAAAAGCGGUACACGAUGUUGCCAAAGCUGAAAAAAUGCUGCUGGUGCCUUUCAUUACGGACAGGAUGUUUUCUACUGGCAACUUUAUCUUCCCUAAUCUGCGUGGCGACCAUCACCGCGGGCGCGUGGAACCUGCCCAACUACGACAGACCAGAGGACAACUUCAUCGCCAUGAGUGCGGUCAUGUUCUCCACGCUGUCUCUCAUCAGCAACAUCGUCAUCUUACUGGGACUGUUACUUGUAAGUUAUACCUGCAAUCUUCGUGGUAGACAUAACAGUGGAUGGAGCCUGUCGCACUACGAGAGGCGAAAGGACAACUUCAUCGCCAUGAGUGCGGUCAUGUUCUCCACGCUGUCUCUCAUCAGCAACAUCGUCAUCUUACUGGGACUGUUACUUAAACGUCCCGGCUUCCUGCAGCUGACGAUCCUCUUCAACUCCGUCUUUAUCUUAUGCCUGUUCCUAGUGGCGUUGGUCUUAUGUCUGUUCAGCCCGAAGGCGGAACCUUAUCUUCGGGAACCACUCAACAUCGUGCUGAUCGUGUUGGCUAUAUGUGCUGGCGUGGUGUAUUCUUUCUACUACAAGAUGGUAGUCAACAGUACCUACCGUCAAAUGAAGACUUGGAACGAAAGCGCUAUUCCUGUAUAACACAAGGGUAUUUUAGGCUAUAUAUACCUCACAAUA